CUGCACUGCAUCGGCGCUUUCACGUAGCUGCAAUUUUCCCCUCCAUGAUGAAUCAACGUGAAAAUCAAAGUAAACCGCGAAACAAUAUACUUUCGUACGUCACGUUGCUCCACUUUCCCUUCUGUCUUUUCCUUUUAAUGACACUCAUCGGGAUCGUUCGUAAUAAUCGGUCCCGGCAACCAGCGAGAAAUUACAAUUUACAUCAUACGACUACAAACUACGAAACACGAACCACCAACGUGGCUGCCAAGUAUAAAAAGAGAAAAUCGAAUGUCACACGACCGGCAGUUUUGACCGAUCGAACGUUCAAGAAUGGCGAAGCUCGCGACGAUCGCCACGAUCGUUCUUGCAGCUUGUUGCGCGCCGCGAUCCAGCGGGAUCGAUCCACGUGGAUCGAUCGAGGACAGGCUAACGGCACCAGUUACAGCAGACGAGGCCAUCAGAGAGAUUUUCCAUGUUAUCUCGACGGAGACGUCGAGCGAGAAGGACGACGAACAAUUGGUGAAGCUGAUCAAAGAAGAAAUCAUAAGAACCGCGUAUCGUGUGAAAACGCCAUCAGGUUCGAUCGAAGCUGCUGCCAGAAGAGCGCAAAGAUUGGUCACAGAAUUGACAGCCGCCUACACCACCGCCAUUUACAAGUCGAAAUCCUCCGAGGAGGCGAAAGUGAAUUUUGCUAGGUUCCGGAACACCGUGCAGAAAAUCGUUGACUUUAUAAAGAAUGGCCAAUUUGUCGUCUAAAUGCGAUUUUCUGUUAUAUUUAAGAUUGUUAGAAUGAUAAACGUCAAGUUGUGUAAUAAAGUUGACCAAAAAUGACGAGUAAAACGUUUAAAAACGACAAAGUAGAAAGAAUGAAAAUGGAAAGAAUAAUUCGUUUCAAGAAUUUCGAUUGAUCCUUAAAUAUAGGUUCCAAAUCUUAAAACGAUUAAUUGCAGAAUGAUUGUCAAAUAGAAAUUUUGAUCAAGUUAAACUUAAAAAUACUAAGCUGGAUGCUUUCGAAGAAUCGUGCAAACAUGGAUCUCGUUUCUUAAUUUAUCACUUGGAAGAUUUAAAGAAUAAUAAAAUUUCAGAAGAAUGGUCUAUAA